CUCUACAGAAAAAGUAGCGGUGCAGCUUUGCCAUAGGCUUCGUCUAGGCGUGCGCGACCAACCUGAUUCAUGGCAACUUGCGAAAAACAAAUUUGUUUAUUUAUUAUGUUAAUUUGUAUUGAUAUUGGAACCCCAUAAUGUUGCGAACUACAGUUCUAAUGAGUUUUAUAAAGAGGAAAGCAUCUUUGGAUUCGUAUCGUGUUUUCGGCAUAAGCAGAAUUGAAUUUGCAAAGAAUAUUCAAACAGAGCCUCCUAAUAAAAGUGACUUGACUCAACAUAAAUUCACUACAAAAAUUGAAAAGUGGGUUGCAAGUUUAUCACCUACACAACACAGUAUUCUUCUUUCUGUGCUGUUAAAGCAAACUGAAGUGUCUAAAGAUAGCUUGCCACCACUGCCUCUAACGACAUCACAGCUUCUCCAUGUUGGGAUACAUUAUUCACUUCCAUUUCUUGGGUUUGGUUUUCUGGACAAUUUCAUCAUGAUUAUUGCUGGUGACUACAUAGAUUUAACAGUUGGAAGUAUGCUUGGAAUUUCUACAAUGGCUGCAGCUGGAAUAGGGAAUGCAAUAUCGGAUGUUGCUGGAGUUGGAUCUGCCCAGUUUGUUGAGUCUUUUUCACAAAAAUUAGGUAUCCCUCAACCAAAGCUUGAGCCUCAGCAGUAUGCUUUUCCAUCAACGACCUGGGCGAUUAAUAUUGGGCGUGCCGUUGGUGUUGCUAUCGGAUGUUUACUUGGAAUGGUACCACUUCUGUUUUUGCCAACAUCAGAUAGCAAAAGGCAUACACAAGAUGCUAGCCAAGUGUAGUUGGAGGAUUACUGAAAGGUAAAAAUGUUUUGAAGACCUAUCCUGGAACAUUUUACUGCUUAUCCUGCUACUUUUUACUACCCUAUCCAUGAAUUGAACAUCUUUGAAUCAUUCCAGUGAACUAUUGCUGAGAUUUUAAAUGUUAAGUCAUCACGUAUUGACUGUACGCGUCAACCACAUGCUGUAUUAAAUAUGAGCUUUGGUGAAGAACAAUCCCCAAAAUUGCCAUGUUUCAGUAGAUUCUAUUCUAGCAUAGUUGUCCCUUAGAUAAAUAAAUUAAAAUGAAAAACC